AUGAGGGAUGCCUAUAGUCGGGGGAGUCCUCCAAUCUCCUCACCAACCGAGACUCUGACCUCCUCCUCUGGAGUGCCUCACUCGCAUCUGCAGCCUCUCCGAUCGCCCGGCUACCGCCCGCAUCUCCACCAAUCUCAAAAGCUGGUCGACCAACUCGCAGAUCGGGUCGAGGCGUUGGAGAAGUCGACGCUGUCUGCACCUCGCUUGUCACGCGGGGACUCUGCCGAACAAGUGGGUGGACUGACACCGGUCAGCGAGAACCCACGAUCGCAACCCGAGCGAGAGGAGGAGCAAGGACGAAGCAACCACACGCUGAAGGAACUGCGAAGACAGAUGGAAGAAUUGCUUGUCUAUCAACAGAUGCAACAGACUCAACCGCAAAACUCAUCCCAAACCCCAGACGCGUCAAACAUUUCGAAUGAUACCCCCAGAAAAAGGCGACUAUCCGACACAUCCAUGGAGGUCCCCAUUACCGUGAUGCCGCCCUCAACCGGAUCGACAGAGUCUACGGGAACCGUGACGGGGAUAGAGCCCAAAUCCAACACCCGAGAGCCACAACAGACGCCUUCCUACCCUUUCCCGCGAAUGCAGAAUCAAGCGAUGAAGAGGGGACUGGAGCAACCGGGACGAGCACAAUUCAAACUGAAACUUCCAUCAGAAAACUUUCCGCCAUCGAUUUCAGAGGAUAACAACCCGUCAGAGGAGUUGGGAAACCCGCACAAUCAGCCACAUUUCGCACCACAUCCAUCAAGUUCGGGCCUGGAAGACCCGAACUUCCCUAGCCCGGAUCUCUAUGAUCUGACACUUCAGCUGAAUGCAGAUUCAGGACUCGAAGCGUGGUGGUCCAAUCUUAUCGAAAUAAUGCAGACAAGCUACGGAGCCGAGCGUGUCUCGCUGGCUGUUCCAGGUGAUGUUACGGACCUAGAGAAUGUACCCUGGGGCCAGAAGGCAAUAUUUAACCAAAACGUCGAUACUUCCUUGGAGGAACUUCAGAUGCGCCACCUCAGCAAGGAACAAUCAACAGAGACAUGUCAACCUCGCAAGAGCCAAGUUCCGAAGCGACCCGAAGCAGAUCUGAAUCGACCGAAAGGACCUGCAUCUCCUCGACCGUCUUUGUUGUCGCGUCACUCUUUCGCUGGGUUUGAUAAAAAGGCCCACCAGCCCCAGUCCGAGAAGAAGCAUGUGCAAAUCGCGGACCAGAGCCAAUCCUUUGCGAGUCUCCCAAACCAAAGGGACAAUACAGGACUCGAAGAUAAUACACUCAGUGCUCUGCUCGGGGAUAUGCGGCAGGCCGUAUUCCCUGUAGCCAGGCCGUUGGAGGUGGAACAUGAUCCUCUCAUCAAGCGCACUGGCGUGGUAAGAUUGUUUGGACGCACUCGUCCCACUGUCUUGACUCGCGAAUAUUCAGAAACAUCGCCGCAACAUCCGCAGGCAUGGGCAGACCCCAUCAGCAGUCCAAACGAGAUGGUUCAAGUCACACCUGAUGCUGAAGGCCCCGGUACCAAAGGAGCGGGGCAUGCCGCGACACAGCACAACAUCGACUCUCUUGGAUUGAGACUAUAUGAUGAGUAUGAGCAGGUUCCACAGUCCCCCUGGUCUCAGUCUCCUGCUCCCUCGCCUGCGCCCCGUACACACGCAGACAAUAAUCCCUUCUUCACCAACCAUUCAGUCGACGAGGGAGCCUUUUCCAAGAAUCCGCCCUCACAUGAUUACUCCAACAAUUUGCCGCUAGAAGCGAUUGGCAUUGAUCAGUCCAAGACGGUUAUCCAUAUCCCUCUCGUGCACGGCGGAAACUCCAAUAAGGGUCGCUCGUCAACCUUGCGAUUCCCUGUUGCGAUUGUGUCAAUGCUUUGCACAAUUGUCCCAUACCCGGCCAAUCUCAGGCAGUCACUCGCAUUCUUAAUGCCUCACUUGACAACUUCGUUCUGUUUGGCCCAACGUUAUAGCCAGCUUGAAAAGCAACUAACGUCAAAGGUAGAGAGCCCUCGUUACGGGCAUCUCUUAGGCCUUGGUGGAACAUUUUCAGAUGCCAGCAGUGAGAUGGAGCUUGUUGCUGGGCUAAGUGGACAUGUCAGUUAUUCAGUUGGCGACCACGCCGGUUCAAUGUCUACGCACGCCAGCAUGACUAGCCCCAGUGACAACUCUUCUGUGAAGUAUAGCCCUGCCGUUUCCGCGCUUGGAACACCCGGGUUUGAGCUUGGUCAUCUAGGACUUGGAUCUGCCAGUCAAUCUCCAAGAAUGACAUCGCGAUCUACCGGAGAGGGCGCUGACAGCUAUUUCAACGUCGCGCAACAUAAGACUUCUCGAGAGAAUCAUGGCAACCCAGUCAGACCACGGCUCUCCACGGCCAAAACCAAUAUUGAAACAUCAGCGUCUGUUUCCCCAGGGAAAGCCGUGACAAAGCAGUCCAUAGUGGAGGAGCAGAACUCAAGUGAUUCUUUUGUUCUGUCGCCACUUCAAGAGAUGAGGCCACCACAUGCUCUAUCGCCAACCCAGCAAUCGUCUCGCCAGGCCUCUACGAACUCGUUAUAUGCUCAACUACAAAGGGAGCUCCCGCGCCCAUUCUCUGAUACGAUAGCCCAGUUGAUGCUGAAUUCGAUUCCACUACACCUUUAUUUGGCAAAGCCCCAGAGUGGUGAAGUCAUCUGGACCAACUCCAAAUUCGAUGCCUACAGACGGAGUCAGCACCAGGAGCAAAAACUGCGGGACCCAUGGCAGAACAUACAUAGUAGCGAACGCGAGCAUGUCAGCAGCAAAUGGGCCACCGCGCUGUCCACUGGUGCACAAUUCACCGAACGUGUGCGAGUCCGAAGAUUCAACGAUGAGUCGGCUUACCGCUGGUUCAUCUUCCGAGCCAACCCGCUGUUGUCCUCUACUGGAGAAGUGCUUUACUGGAUUGGAUCCUUCCUAGACAUCCAUGAACAGCACAUCGCUGAACUGGAGGCUUUGCAAGAAAGGGAGAAGUUUGCGAUUGAUGCCAAAUAUCGGGCAUUCUCCAAUUCCAUUCCUCAAGUUGUUUUUGAGGCAACGGAAAACCGUGGCUUGAUUUUCGUCAACGAGCAGUGGAGCCUCUAUACAGGCCAAACAAUCGAGGAAGCCCACGACUUGGGUUUCACCAAACAUGUGCAUCCCGACGAUCUUGAGAAGUGUGGAGGGCUUUCCCUGAACACGGCAGCCAAUGCUCUUGGUGAUGAUUCUACUAAACCUUCCGAGUUCCUGGUUGGAUCGGCCCUGGAUGAACUCGUCAGACGUGGCGUUGCGUCGUUACAGAAAGAUGAGAAUGGCCGAGUGUUCUACUCAACGGAGAUUCGUCUUCGUUCUCGAGGAGGUGAUUUCCGCUGGCAUUUGGUUCGUCUAGUUCGCGUGCAGACCAGCAGUUUCGGCAGCGAGGAAGCUUCCUGGUACGGAACCUGCACCGAUAUUAACGACCGCAAGAACCUUGAAAGAGAGCUCAAUAAGGCAAUGCAACAGCUCAACAACCAAAUGGAGUCGAAGACGAAGUUCUUCAGCAACAUGUCGCACGAGAUCCGGACACCGCUCAAUGGCAUACUUGGCACCAUACCAUUUAUUCUGGACACACAGCUUGAUAGCGACCAGAGACGAAUGCUUGACACUAUCCAAAACAGCUCCACUAACCUUCGCGAGUUGGUGGAUAAUAUCCUCGAUGUCUCUCGUGUCGAAGCUGGUAAGAUGUCAAUGGUUAAUUCAUGGUUCCAUGUACGGUCGAUGAUUGAGGAUGUGAUUGAUACCAUCGCCUCUAGGGCCAUCGAUAAAGGCCUUGAGAUCAACUACCUCAUUAGCGAAGAUGUUCCAUCGAUGGUGAUUGGAGAUCGGUUCCGAAUUCGUCAAGUCCUGAUCAAUCUUCUCGGAAAUGCUGUCAAGUUCACAGCGCAAGGCGAAAUCCACAUUUGCUGUGAGAUGCACCGCAACAUCCCCGAGGAACCCAACCAGACCCAGGCCUUCAUGAAUUUCGAGGUUGUGGACACCGGUAAAGGGUUCAGUUCCCAUGACGCGGAACGAUUAAUGCAGCGGUUCAGUCAACUCGGGGAAAAUGGGUCACAACAGCAUGCAGGCAGUGGUUUAGGCCUUUUCUUGUCUAAGCAACUCGUUGAGAUGCAUGGCGGCAAGCUUACCCCCAGCAGUAAAGAAGGCCAGGGGGCCAAAUUCUCGUUCAACGUCAAGGUUGAUGCACCUCCACCCCCAUCCCCAUCCGAGCAACCCAACUUGAUCCGUCAGAGUUCGAGUGCCUCAAGAAGACCAGCCAAAUCAAGGACUACUUCGUAUCAACAAGCGCCGCCGUUGGUCGCCAGAAGCUCCGACUCGUCCAACAAAAGCUACAAGACUAAUACUUCUGCUUCGCACUCUGUUACGUCUUCGGCCCUUCCGACCCCCGAAGUAGGCCUCGCCCCUUUGCCACCUCCAAUGGAUCAGACAAGUGCCGUUGCCCAUAUGCCGGAUGCGGUUACGGGUUCACAGAUUCAAGCCUCCGUUACGAGAUCUAGUUCGUCUCCAACCCGAGGUUCGCCGGCGUCUCAGGCCUCUCUGUCUCCCGGAGCUCCCAUGGGUAAGGUCACGGUGCCAUCCCAAGGCCCAUUCUCCAUCGUCAUCUUGUGUCAGCUUCAGAACUCAAGAAAGGCUACCAAACAACACAUCCAGCAUGUUGUGCCCCACGAGAUUGACUUCUCGGUGAAAACGUUACCUGAUGUGGAUGAGUGGAAAGACAUGAUGCAUUCUGCUUCCGGCCCGGCGCCGUGCACGCAUCUUGUAUUGAAUCUCCCCACUGAUGAUAUUUUGGAAGUCAUUCAUAAUGUUGCCGACAAAGUGAUAGAUCCUGCGCCGGUUGUUGUGAUUAUAGCAGACCUCUAUCAAAAGCGCCAAAUCAGCACCCGGGUCAAAGAGCUAGCCAGCCUUGGGACCCAAGUCUUCAUCGUGCCAAAGCCUGUGAAGCCUUCUGCGUUCUCGGCCAUCUUCGACCCUGAGAGCAAACGUGAGCUUAGCAAGGAUCGCAAUCAAGACAUGGCCCGCGAAAUCAAUAAUAACUUCAAAACUGUCUCCAAGAUGGUCAAGGAAGUGUUAGGCAACAAGGGGUAUCGAGUCUUGCUUGUUGAGGACGAUGAAACCAAUCGCGAUGUAAUGCUGAAAUACUUGGACAAAAUCAAACUUAUGGCGGAGACUGCGUCCAAUGGACUGGAGUGCACUGACAUGGUACUCUCAAAAGAACCAGGAUACUAUUCUCUUAUUAUUUGUGACAUUCAGAUGCCCAUCAAAAACGGUUAUGAAACCUGCAAAGACAUUCGUGACUGGGAGCAAAGAAAUCAUUAUCCCCAGAUUCCCAUCAUGGCUCUUUCCGCCAAUGCCAUGACCGACCAGAUUGAGAAUGCUGCUCGCGCAGGCUUCAAUGACUACGUGACCAAGCCGAUCAAACACAACGAAUUGGGCAAGAUGAUGAUGGGUCUUCUCGAUCCUGGUCGGCCUCUCAUGCUCCUUCGUGACCGUCUUGGCGCAGAGCGCCAGAGUGCUGCAUCUGCUCGUCGUUAA